AUGAACCCCGCCAUCACCAACCUCGCCGUCUCGCUCGGCGCCAUGCAGAUCGCGCGCCGCCUCCCGACCGAUGACCCCAAGGUCGUGUUCUACCUCCGCUGCAUGUAUGUUGCGGGCCAGGCGCUGUCGUUUGCGAUCUACUACUUCAUCACCAUGAAGAUCCGCUCCAAGAACGACCUCACCGUCGUCAAGUACGUGCAGCCAAAGUCGCCAAUGAACCCCGACUCCAAGGACGAGCUGGUUACCACGACUGUGCGCGACUACGACCUCGCCGAGACUGGCAAGGCUAUGAAGGGUCUCUUCACCGGCGUGGCCUUCAUGCUUUUCCUCCACCUCUACAUGGGCUACAUUCCUCCUCUCUUUGUCCAGUCCAUCACCACGGUCAAGGGCGUGCUUGAGAGCAACGAGGCCAAGCUCCACAUCUGGGGCAAGCCCGCCGAGGGCCCCCUUGCGCGCCCAUUCAAGGCCGCCCCGGGCCUCAUGGAGCAGUUCACUGGCGCUGCUUCCGGCCCUCAGACGGACCAGGCAAGCAUUCGCGCGGCCGAGAAGGCCGGCGGCAAGACCGACUAA